GUUUGUCCCUGCCGCGGGCCUGUCGGAGCUGCUCGCUCACUCGCAGUGAUGCUGAGGAAAGGCUGAACGGCCGCCGCUUUGGCGGCCGCACGGCGGAAGGAAGGCACCGUUUAAAAUAAAGCGCACGCACCAGGAAGGGAACUGAUUCACUCGGCUGGGCUUCAUUCGAGCCUCCUUAACCAUGGCCGAGAUCCCGAAGACGUUACGGUGCUUUCGGGAGGAGCACUCUGGGGAGAAGCUGAAGGACGACGAUGUAUUGACAGUAACUUCGGUGGAGCAGAAGACAGUAGAACUGAAUGUGGAAGAGGCAUAUGAAGCAUUCAGAAUUGAUCGGAGCAUGCUGCAACCUGCUCUUCAAAGAGAGAAACAUUUCCAAUACUUGAAGAAAGGUCUGAGGCAUCUCUCAGAGUCGUAUUCGUGUUUGGAUGCCAGCCGGCCCUGGCUUUGUUACUGGAUCUUACACAGUUUGGAGUUGCUAGGAGAACCAAUUGAUGAUUGUAUGGCUUCAGAUAUUUGUCAAUUCCUAUCACGAUGUCAGAGUCCAAAUGGUGGAUUUGCUGGUGGACCAGGCCAAGAGCCACAUCUUGCCCCGACGUAUGCAGCAGUGAAUGCACUCUGCAUUAUAGGCACAGAAGACGCAUAUAACGUUAUCAACAGGGAAAAGCUGCUAGAAUUUCUAUACUCUGUGAAACAGCCUAAUGGUUCAUUUACUAUGCAUGUGAGUGGAGAAGUCGACGUUAGGAGUGCCUACUGUGCGGCAUCUGUUGCCUCCUUAACGAACAUCAUCACACCAACAUUGUUUGAGGGGACACCUGAGUGGGUGUUAAGAUGUCAGAAUUGGGAGGGUGGGAUUGGAGGUGUACCUGGAAUGGAAGCCCAUGGUGGCUAUACUUUCUGUGGUAUGGCUGCCAUGGUUAUCUUCAAAAAGGAAUGGAUGCUGGACCUCAAAGCUUUGUUAGGAGAAGUAGAAGCCCAACAGCCACGGUGGCGCUGGGUGACCAGUCGGCAAAUGCGGUUUGAAGGUGGAUUUCAGGGUCGGUGCAACAAGUUGGUGGAUGGUUGUUACUCAUUCUGGCAAGCUGGACUCUUACCACUCCUGCAUCGUGCAUUGCAUGCACAUGGAAACGAUAGUCUCAGUAUGACACGCUGGAUGUUUCAUCAAGAAGCCCUACAGGAGUAUAUCCUGCUUUGCUGUCAGAAUUCCACUGGGGGAUUACUGGACAAACCUGGCAAGUCAAGGGAUUUUUAUCAUACCUGUUAUUGCUUAAGUGGUCUUUCGGUGGCACAGCACUUCGGUGGUGGGGAACUUCUACAUGAAAUCAUUGUUGGUGAUACAAACAACCGGCUGGAACCAAUCCACCCUGUAUACAACAUUAGUCCUGAAAAAGUAGCACAAGCUGUAAUGCACUUCCACAAGCUCCCAGUACCACAGAUGAAAAAUAAUUCAAAUUAAAUUCAUUAUGUAUUCAAAGUAACUAACUUUCUAAGUACGAAAUGUGUAACCUGAGCGCAGAGAAUUGUGGUUUCCAAAGUGAAAUGAUUCACGUGAAGCAGGGACUAACUUUGAGUUAUUUGCUUCUGACGACAAGCCAUUGACACUGCCGAAACUCUGACUGACUAGUCAAUGUUCAGCAAUUUGCUCCUCAAUGCUGCAGAAACAGAGGGUGGUGUCUGUAAGUGUUCUUAGUUUCAUAACUGAAUUUCUCAGUAAAACUGAAUAGAAUUAGUACAAAUACAGCACUGUUCUUUAUAAUGGCUUCAGAAAUAAUUUAUCACAGUUGCAAUAAAGUGUUUUCAAGCAUUCCA